CGACACUUCCGGGUAUACAUCCGCUAGUGUUUGUUCAACGGUUGCUCUAUAUUAGCCUUUCGUCUGUCAUUCAUUUCAGCUCCCUUUAGCCACUUUUAAAGAUGAAUACGGUUCUAUCGAGAGCUAACUCGCUGUUCGCCUUCUCUCUGAGCGUCAUGGCGGCUCUGACUUUCGGCUGUUUCGUCACGACGGCUUUUAAAGACAGAAGAGUUUCUGUGGACAUCCACGUCUCUAAAGUUAUGCUGAAGAAUGUUGAUGACUUCACAGGACCCAGGGAACGAAGUGAUCUGGGGUUUAUCACCUUUGACAUCUCAGCUGAUUUGGAGCCAAUUUUUGACUGGAAUGUCAAGCAGCUGUUUCUCUACUUGUCAGCUGAAUACGCCACAAAGAGCAACUCUCUAAACCAGGUGGUGCUGUGGGAUAGGAUCAUCCUCCGAGGAGAGAACACCAAACUGAACCUCAGAGACAUGAAAUCCAAAUACUUCUUCUUCGAUGAUGGGAAUGGACUCAGGGCCAAUAAAAACAUCACCUUGACGCUGUCCUGGAACGUCAUUCCCAACGCUGGGAUCCUUCCUCUGGUAGCCGGAAGCGGACACGUCAGCCUGCCUUUCCCCGAGCAGUACGAGGCCACGAAGAGCUACUAGACAGAAAUGUUCACCUGCAGCAACACACACACCUUUCCACCAUGACUGAUGCCACACACACACACCAUACAUUAGUGUUUUUCUGUAUGAGGCAGUUUGUAAUAAAGAAAUAAACUAACA